AUGACGGUUAACGGAUCCGUCUACCUUCUCGUCGUCUCCGAUCCGUUCAGCAAAUGGAUUCAGGCCAUGCCAAUACCCAACAAAAAACCCGAAACGGUUGCGGCAGCGUUCCUGCGACAUUUUAUAGCAGUAUUCGGAAUCCCCCAAACGAUCGUAAGCGACAAUGGACCCGAGUUCACAGCCAAAGCGUUCCAAGGAUUGGUCCACCAAUAUGGUAUGGAACAUCGGCGGACGACACCCUACCACCCUCAGGGAAAUGGGGCGGUAGAACGCCAGAAUCAGACGUUGGUCAACAUGUUGGCACGAUAUGUCAAAAAAGGUGGAACAGACUGGGACAGCUACGCUCCAGUUCUGUGUUUCGCUUAUAACACGUCAAUUCACCCAGUAACAAGGACUACACCAUUCGAGUUGCUAUAUGGCCGCACACCACGAACGCCAAUAGAAAGAGAGAUUAUACGACAGCUUCCAUCACAGUAUGUGGAUCAACCCACAUAUGCCCAACAGUUGGCCCGCCAAACAGAACAGGCCUGGAGAAAAGUCGUUGAAGCGCUGGAGGAUGAAUCCGCCAGGAUGAAACAACAGUUCGACCAACGCAAGCACGUACAAAAGGCGCAUGUAACCGUCGGAGAUUUGGUGCUCCGACGCGUAGACGCGUACCGCAAAGGAGAGUACCACAAGUUCCAAGGUAAGUACUCGGGACCUUUUGUGGUUCGAAAAAUUUGUAGCCCCCAUGCUGUCAUUCAGCAUGUCGAGGGAGGAGCCGAAAUCAGGCUACAUUUAA